UUUCCGGUCUUCGAGCUGAAGUUAAUUUUCUAGUUCAAAUUGAUUCAGUACAUAGACAUACUACAUAUCUCCACUGCAUAUACACAUAGACACAUAUAUGUGAAUUAUUAAAAUCAUGUUGUAAACGGAAUAUCUCCAAAGUUUUGAAAGUGUGAAAUUCUUACUCCGAAUAAAAAAAGGCCAGCGAAAACCUUAGCACGGGCUGCAAAUUCAAAUCAAAAUUAUGAAAGUGAAUCGCUCGAUAUUUGUGUACCUAUGCGUAGUAUAUUAGCGUGUAUGGAAAAUUGCGGUUUAGUCUGUGAGAACUGUAAGCAGGAAAAAUCAAACUCAAACUCGCGGAUGUGCAACGUUUAAUUAACUUCAAUUAAAAAUAAAUGGUUUUCGGUAAAGAUUUGAAUUUCGUUAAACUAGUUUUGGACAUGCAAUGAGACGCGCUUGAUAAUUUCAAAAAUUCUCAAAUAAAAAGCACUUGACAACUUCAAAAAUUCUGAAACAGGAGUAAGAAAGCACAUCAGAUAUUAAAAAUUAGCAAUUUGGUGAAUUUUUAAUAAAAUAUAUCGAAGCAGCUCCAAAAGUUAGUGAUUUUAUUCAAAUUUUCUUUUCAAAAGUAAUUUUGAAAGAUUUGUCAAUGCCAUUGUCCUUGAGAGCCUUUGUUGGCGAAUGGAAAGCAGAGUUUUGAGUUACAAAACGACCGACAACUGUCGCAAAUCAAUUUAUAUCAAUCAUAAUUAGGUGUGAAAUAACAACAUAAACGAAGCCACACGCAAACGAGCCGAGCGCACGACUGGUAUGAGGUAGAAGGACGGGAAAUUAACAAAGUCUUCCAACGCUCUUGUCAGCCACUGAAUUUGAUUAAUUGUAACAAUAAAGUCGAAACAAAUGUUGCGCAGUCAGUAAAGAGUACGGUAGUGAAUAUAGCGACCGAGUGACAGAGUGACAAGCAUCGCCUGACUGCAUACAGAUAGGAGACAGAGUGGGCAUUUAGAAAUUCCAUCCUUGUAAUUGCUAAAUUUGACACGCUCGCAAUUGUCACGCGAAUUGUCGGCGAACUGAGAACGUUUCACUGUCGCCUAUCCUACGAUCCACAUGCACGGCAAUUAAACAACAAAAAUAAUAACAAGAACAACAGUAGUCGGGGAACAUCGAGCGCGAGAAAGAAUUGUACAAUUAAAUUGCAUGAAUUAGCAGUUUAAAGCAGUGAAAGAGUAAUCAACAACCAUACAUCAGUGUUGACGACCACAACCAAAGCAACAACAAUCAUAAUUACUGCAACUGACAUAUCAGCACAGAAUCACACAGCCACACAUCAACUGGUGGCCCACACCCGCAAGCGGCGAACUAUCUGAUUGUCGAACUGCCGUCACAAUAGCGGUAUUCCCAAAGCAGCUCUGACAGGCCACAGGCAUAGAAAUCUACGCACAUUUGGGCGCUCACACACACGUACAAAGCUAGCAUUGCCCGCAACUGCCAAGCCUGCCGGGAUACAAAUUCAAUAUUGUUGCCGUUGUUUGGAGUUUAUUAAAUUGAUUGGCCGUAACUAAUUGGACAGUCGAGCGGGGCCGAGCGUACGAAAGCCGACGGCAACCACAACUAUAUCAAAUCCUAGUAAGCGAGCGUGCGAAUAUAGUCUGAACAACAAACAACAAUUACAACAACACCAUCCACAUGAAGUUGUGAACAUUUUCCAUUUUAUAGGCACACAACAACACUUUCACGACUAGACAUACAGGUAAUACUAACACAAAUCUAUUUGCACACACACACCACACGAAGACAUCCUAGGGACAUUUACUAGAGAACUACAUAGGCACACAUACAGACACACACAAGCACCAGCACACAACAACAACGCACAUAGUUUAAUGAACACAGCAUUUUAUACAGUGUUGGGGUAUAAUUUAAUUAGCCAAAAUAGCGCAACGUUGGAAGCAACUCAAGCAGCAUAUACUGAACCAGCCGCAACAUAGGCCGGUACAACGCGAAGCGCAGCAGCCGCUGCAGCCGCAACCACAAUCACUCAAGCACCCGCCUCAGCAGCAAACACAGCCGCUCCAGCAGGUGCUGCCAAAGCUCCAGGCGCAGCAGGCGCUAGAGCUAGCUACCGCUCCGCAGCAGCAACAACAGCAGCAGCAGAGGCAACAGCAGCCAACGCAGGCGUCUCAAUCUUCUUGCGUGGCGUCUGCAGCGGCAACUGCGAACGACCCAGCAACAUUUGGUCCCAUUAAUCCAGCAACCACAAAAAUAACAACGGCAACAACGGCGGCCAGAGUCUUCUCGCGUUACGAUAGUCUUGAGGAGCUGCAGCAGCGUACGAGCAGAAGUGGAAGCGCAAUCGGGAUAUUGCCAGUGGUCGCGGCACAGGGUCCACAAGGAUCGCGUGGCAGUAUAGCAGUUGGAGCUGGGGUUGGCGCGGCAGGAUUAUAUGCGUCUGCCGGUGCACGUUUACCAGUAGCCGUCGGUGUUAGCGGCAAUAGUGGAAGCGGCAGCGGUGUUGGUGUGCGCGGUUCGGGCGGUUCGCGCAGUGGUAGCAUAGCACCUGGAUUAGAUGGUCAUCGUGCAGUGCUGAGUACCAGUGGAACAGGCGUGGUAUCGCCAGCUGGUCAACAGUUAAGCAGGAGCAGUGUGAAUGGCUAUUCAACGGCAGCUGCAGCGGUUGGUAUUGGUGGUGGUGUUGGCAUCGGAGGUGGCGGUGGAGCGAGCGGAGGCAGCGGUUCACAAUUAAUAGGUAGCACUACAACGACGACACGAGGGCGUCUCUCAAUCAGUUCACCAUCUGGCGCUGGCACAAGCGCAUCUGCAGCGGCGAUACAAGGCGGUGUAGCGACAGCGAAUGAAUUCUUAUUAAUAGGCGGUGCUGGUGGUGCAGGCGUUGGUCAAGGAAGUAGCGGUGUUGGUGCUGCCGCAGGUAGCGGAAGUCCCGGGACUGGCGGUGUUGCUGGAGCAGGUAUUCCGAAACGCCAAGGAAGCUUUUCGAAUGUUUUCUCGAAAUUAAUCGACGGAAUGCCCGCCGGUACAAUGUUCUCUAAAUUCAAGAGUGCCAAUAUGGCACCCACGUCCUUACAAAGUAUCACAGAUACAAAUCCUAUCAGUCAGUACUUCGAGAUCGGCAAACAAGUGGCCAGUUCAGGCCCGGAAUUGGUGUGGCGGAUACACGAUGGCUACCGCAAAAGUGAUGGCAGGGAAUGUUCUAUAUUUGUUUUCGAGAAGAAAAUCGCAGAAAAGCUUCAUAAACCACGCCGUAAAGAGACAGUAACGGAACUACUGAGGAACUCUGUAAAGACAAUGGAGCGUUUUCGUCACCCCAAAAUUCUACAAGUUAUUCACACCGUGGAAGAAUCGUCAGAUACUUUGGCUUUCGCUUCUGAACCCAUCUUUGCUAGUCUCUCUAACAUUUUGGCGUUUCAUGAAUCGAAAACUUAUGAAAAUGUGGCCAUGCCUUCGAACAGUGGAGCGACGGGCACGCAGAACAGUCAACAGCAGAACACAGCAGGGCCCCAGCGGCCAGCUCAUGCGAAGGAGUAUAACUUUUUGGAUAUCGAAUUGAAAUACGGCUUUCUGCAACUGGUGGAAGCAUUAUCCUUUUUACACUACUCGGGCCACGUGAUUCAUCGAAAUGUGUGUCCUUCAUCUAUAUUAGUAACCAAGCGGGGUACGUGGAAAUUGGCUGGCCUAGAGUUUAUUGAAAGAAUGAAUGAGACUGAUGUAAAUGAGUUAGUUCCUUGCCCGCCUUGGAGUAACAAGGUUUCAAAAAUGGCUCAACCUAAUCUGGAUUUCAUGGCUCCCGAGACUCAAUUAACUUCGAAGGGCAGCCUACUUAGUGACAUGUUCUCGUUGGGUUUGGUAAUAUGUGCGGUUUUCAACAGCGGACGGCCAAUCAUCCAAGCCGGUAAUAUAGUUUCGAGUUAUAUGAAGCAAUUGGAGAUGCUGGAGGAGACUGUGCAGAAAAUGUUGCCGCGGGUGCCGGUACCGCUACAAGAGGCUACCUCUCGUUUGGUUAGUCGAGAUCCAACCUCUCGACCGCCUGCGCAACUCUUGCAAUUGAUUAAAUACUUUAGUGAUCCCGGUGUAAAUGCGCUCAAGUUCUUAGAUGUGGUCAACAUGAAGGACACAUCGCAGAAAUCUCACUUCUACAAAAACACGCUAAUGGAAGCGAUGCCGCUGAUACCGAGAAAAUUGUGGUGGCAAAAUGUGUGGCCAAUGCUGCAGGCCGAAAUCAGCAAUGGCGAAGUACUGGCAGCGGUUUUGCAGCCCGUCAUCAAACUUAUACAGGAGGCAUCACCGGGCGAAUACGAGUCGAUUAUGGCGCCAACGAUGAAGGUAAUUUUCGGGUCGCCUAAGUCCAUACAAGCCACAGUGACCUUGUUGGAAAAUUUACACCUUAUUAUAGAGAAGACCGCUCCGGGCGAUGUCACCACCGACAUUAUACCAAUGCUGUUUUUUGCUUUCGAAAGCUCAACGAUACAGGUGCAGAGCGCUGCUGUUGUGGCAGUUACAAAUGUUUUCGAUAAUAUCGAAGAUGUUUCGAUCAGACGCAUGGUGAUUCCAAAGGUGAAAUCUGUGUUCGAAAAGAAUCUAGCGGAUCCGAAAAUUGUGCAAAACGUACUUAUCUGCAUAGAGGGGCUCAUGGACAAACUGGAGCGUGCUCAGGUUAUGGAAGAGGUGCUGCAGCUGCUAGGCGAUGUCCGUAUACCGGAACCGGAUAUAGUGAUGCGUACAGUGCAUAUAUAUCAUAAAAUGGUUGUCGAUAAGACAUAUGGUCUGACGGUGGAGACAAUGGCUACGCAUGUGCUUCCACUAUUGAUACCACACACCGUUAAUCCGGGUCUGAAUCUCGAACAAUACUGUAUGCUGGUGGAGGUGCUGCAAGAGAUGCUCGAACAAAUUGACCGUCAGCAACGUAAUAAAUUGAAACUGGACAAUCUGUCAAUACCAUCACCGGAGCGCCAUCGUCCGCUGCGACAUCAAUUCUCAUCGGAUAACAUGAAUGCCCCUCCAUUCAAUAUACCCAAUUUGCGUAUCGAUCAGCGGAAAACAUCCAGUGCAGAGGAUAUGGCACGCAAGAAUUCCGGAGUUCGCUUAUUUACAGGUUCAGGUAUGCUGGGCGGCUGGUGGUUCGGCUGUUCGCCGUCAUCGCCCGAUAGUAAUUUCCUGCGCGUGGCUAAUGCAUUCCCCAACCGACGGCUGUCGGACAACACCUUGAUGACGCCGAAAAUACGCAUUGCACCAUCGUGCGCCUCCUCGCCAGGUGGCACGCCGGGCAGCGGGCUGCCAACACGCCGACACUCGAGCAUCGGACCACAGGAACGACGCGGCUCGACAAUCAAUCUGUCGCCGCCUACUACGUAUGGUUUUGGUGCACGCGGUAGCUCUGGAUCGAGCUUGUCGGUACCCUCCUCGUCGGCCUAUGUUAAAUCUCCUUUAUUAUCCUCCAACAAACAGGGUGGAUCAAUGCCGAACACCUCAAGCAGUGUGCCAUUUUUACUAUCGUCCAGUAUGCAAUCGAUACGAUCCAGACGUACCUCAACUGUGCUCUCAUCGGGACCGCUGGGAUCUGGCUCUGGCCUACUACAGCAACUCGGCAGCGGAAUGUACCAGCUUUUCUCCGGUCGAACUUAAGCAAAUUUUUUUACAAGUCACAGCUAUCGCAAUCAUUUUAAACUCACCUAGCAUUCGUUUAGCAAAACGCGACUUGCAACUGCAUCAAAUUACAGCGCGCCGGGCCACAAACAAACUGCGGCGAAAUGAUGUAUCUCUGAGCAUGUGUACAUUUUUAGAGAAAGCAACUGGGCAAUGGGAACGCGUUAAAGUAACCGCGCAAUAUUACCAGCAGUUUUAAAUAUUCGUCAUACUCACACCAGCUUAACACUCACACAUUAUAUUUUACACAGCUAUUUAUUUCAAUCACUUUUCAACACAUAUACAACUGUAGGUUCAUCCGAUAUAAGUUCGCACAGUGUCUAACACGAACGAAUCACUUAAAUAAGAAAUGCAAUAAUAAAUUUACACUCAUAUUUUCGAAAUAUGAAACAGCCUGUAUGCUGUAAAACCCCCGUACACCUCCCCUAAAUGCAAAUGCAAUCAUUUUAGAAAGAAACAUUACUUAGUAGUUGAUAGUGAUGAUAGAGUCUGGAAAUCUGGAAAUACGAUUGAAUUUAGAAACUCCUGUUUAUUCUUAUACUAUUACCCGACAUUUCCAGCAUUUUUAGCAUCUUAGCGUCUUUAGAAAACAAUCACAGCCAACUAUGGCAUAUGGUAUUUAUGUAUUUAAGAUGUUGAUGUUCACAUAAAGGAAUCUCGAUGUUUUAGUAGCGCCAAGUGUUGUAGGUGAAACGGAAAAAAGUUCCAUUAACACUUUGCACACACAUAUAAGAUAUAUGUAUGUGUGUAUGUAGGUGUAUCAGUAGCUAUACGUAGUGUUUACCUCAGUCGAUAGUGACACGAGUCUCGCAUAAAAAAAAAUCAUCCUCAAAUCUAUGCUGUGUACUUCUACACUUUAUCUAACAAGCUAUGCUAGCGGCCGGUUAACUGUAAUUUUGUUUGACUCACUUGUAACUAAAUAAUGCAACUUUCGAAUUUAUUUGGAAAAAGCAGAGAAUUUCGACAGACUUCCCACAAAUGUGUUUAACAUUCUUUGGCGUGCUAGCUACAACACAUUAAACUUAGGAUAAACCUGUUAGAAUUGAAAUGAAACUAUAUUCAUGAUUUUAUAACUUAGAACAAGUAUUUCAGUAAUAUAUGUAAGUGUUUAGAUGCUAACGGUUUAUUAUUUGUAUGAGAAAAAAGAAACAAAUAAUUAAUGGAACAGCAGUUCGCAGUAACGUCAUCAAAAACACCACAACUACUACUACUGAGCUAAAGGUUGUUAAUCCUCCGAAAAGGGCAGGUCCCUACCCAAACAUGGAUGCAGUUAGUUAUAAAUGAAAUCCCGUUUAAUACAUAUAUGGCUUGCUUUAUGUGUGAAUGUUUGUGUCAGGUGCCGUUUACGGUACUUAAAAACAGAUGCAAUAAUACAGAGACGAUUUGUUUGAUGUACUCACUUCUUAAAUAGAAUUAGUAUACAACAACAAAAAUGCACACUAUGCGUAAAGAAACCUUCAAGAAGAAUGCAACAAAUACAAAAAGGUAUAAAAAUGUUAUGAAAUAUUCAAUUUGCUAGAAACAGCGAAAGAGAGAGGAUUUAUUGACAUUGUUAAAAUAGCGAAAUGUUAUUGCUGUUAGGGAAUGCAAAUAGAAGGAAAAUAAAUUACAUACAUAUAACGAUUGUUGGGAUUUUUUGCGGACGCCGUGCGGUGAUCGUAACACAAAACUGUAUUUAAUAUUAGAUAUUAUAUAAAUCGUAUUCAUAUACGGAUACUCUGUCAAUUUUACAGCACUCAAAUGAAAUGUCCAAAGAAUAAGAAUAAGAAAACAUACUCUAAAUAUACAUACAUAUAUACAUACAACUAAUGAGAACUGUAUUUCCAAAGUUAUAAGAAGUAAAUGAACGUUUGAGAAUAACAUUUAUAUUUUAUGGAUUGUUCAAGAGUGUAUACACAUUAUUAGAUAAAUAUAUAUAUAGUUACUUCUUAUCAAAGUACCUAAUUAUUACGUUAUUAUAUGUAUAUCUAUUUGUACAAUUCGUGUAUCUAAAAGACAAUCAAUAUAUUUCCACGUAUAAGGCGAAAAAACAUGUAACGUAACUUAAACAAUAUGCUAAGCUCAAUGUGGAAACGACCAACUGUAUUUUCAAAUUUCGAAUAACAAGUGCUGCUACAUUCUUCACUUCAGAAAUACAUAGAAACUUUCAAUACUUUAGUUGAACUCAUACGCGAAUGCUUGAACCGUUUCCACAUUGAACUAAGUAGAUACUCUAUAAAUUUUAGUAUAUACCUGCCUAUAUGAAUACACUAAUACUUCGUAUUAUAGAAAAUCUCUCAAAAGUCCAUUUUUACUCUAAAAAGCGUCAGACACGUAAAUUCUUUUACAGGGAUUGCCUAGCUUUUGCGUAUGCAAUCACAUCUACUGGUUGAACUUGCACAUUUAGAAUUAGAAUGCUUGUAGGUUCACACCACCGAUCCUAACAAUAUUAUAUGAGAAUCUGAUAAUCAAAAAUUAUAUAAAAACACACUUACAUACAUUUUUUUAAUAUGCUUAUGUAUGUUUUUUGAAAGUGCAAAGUCGAAAUAAUUAAUAUUUAUAUAAUAUUUUUUAUCAAAUGCAAAUUCACGAAAAUAUACAAUUUUCUUUAUAAAUCAAGCAUACGAAAUAUAAACACCCGUCUGCUCCUCUUGUUAAUCAAGUCCAAAAUAAAAAGAAAGUCUAAGAGAAAUUCACAUAGAGCAUGGCUGCAGCUCUGCAGUUUCAACCAAAACAAAGGAAAGUUGUAUGCACAUUUUCGGCUAUUCAUAAUUAAAUGCAAGUGUUUCUUGAACAGAAACCACAAAAUCAUAUGUUUCGUGUGUAUGGCAUACAAUUUGUUAAGGCGAAUAUCGAUUUUAUGAAUUAACUUUUAUAUAUGUUUUCCAUUAAAUAUAUAAAAAAGGGUGUAUUUGUUUCAGUCCAUUAAUUGCACUUAAAUUAAACAUAAAAAGGGGAAAGCAAAAGCUCAAAAAACGACUGAAUUCGAAUUAAUUAGUUAACUAAUUUGCAUAUAAAAACAUAUACAUAAUCAAUUAUAUUAUAUACUAAUUUUAGUAACCAAAAAUAAUUUGCCACAGUUAGGACAAUUGCCAAAUAUAUUGUGGAAUAACAUAAUAACGUAUGUAUAUUUUAUAAGCAGUUCGAUUAUUUUUACAAACUAUAAACUUUAGUGUAAUUACAUAUACACAUACAUAUAAUAGAUAUAAAAUGGUAAUGUAAUUUGUGUACUAUGUAUAUUUUAAUUAGUGUUUUACGACAAACAAGAGUCGACACAGAUGCAAAUAUACUCCUCAAGCAGGAAAAAUUAGUUGUUUAAUUCAUAUAGUUUGUAAAAUUACUUUAUUGAAAUGUUGACAAAUUUUUUUUAAAUAAUUGUAUACAUAUUAUUUCACUAAUUCAUGUAAUUCAACGCGUGUUUAGUCGGAAAUCACAUAAUUGUUCAUACUGAAACUAUAGAGUCUACAAUUUCAUAGAAGAUAGUGAAGUAUAAAAUCCUUGAAAGAGUCUUUCAAACUAGAAAUGGAGUUACCUCAAAUCAAUCAAUUUGAAUGUGUUUUAAAAUUCAACUUUAUUUGUACACAGGUGAUAAGGGAAAUAAGUUUUCAUGGCAUUUGUUUAAAAACUGCUUAAAUCAUUUUGGAAGAAAGCUGCAAGACAUAAACAUCUAAACGGCUGCAAAAUGAACAACUAUGAUUACAGUAUCAAUAUUGUUUAAUAGUUUUCGAUAUUUCUAAAGUAUAUUUUUAAAAAUGAGUGUGUUUAGAAAGGGAGUUGAUUCUCGUAAGAAGAAAUAAAGAAACCAAUUAUUACAAAUAUAUUUAUGCAUACAAAUUUAUGUCAACUCUUUUAAAGUACUGAAUAAUAUUUGAAUGUGUAAUAAAUGUGACCAGAAAAUGUAUAAACCAGA